CGUACAUACGGGGAGGGGGGGUGUUCGGGUUCAAACCCCCCCAGGACCAAAAAAAAAAAAAAAUUGUGAUAUUAUUGAUGAAUUUUUUACUAUUAAUCAUCCGUGUAUAUAUACAAACAUACGUCAUAAUAAUAUGACUAUUAAGCAAACACUAUACUUUACCAACAAUGAAAAAAAGAUUUUAUAACGAAAUUAUGGGUGCCGUAAAUCAAUCAAAAUAGAUAUUUGAUCGUACACAGUCAGUUAGUUGCGUGCGGACAUAAAUACAUAUUAAUAUUGUCGUUAUCUCGACCGACUCGAUCAGAAAACGGAGAAAAAAUUACCGAUUACGUUAUCGGUUAUAAUCGUUGAAUUUCUCGUGAGCGACAAUAUAACGGUGAAAUGGAUUCUAUUUUUUUAUAGCACUAUCGUAAAUGGCCAUGUUAAAAUAUUUAAUUAUGAAAUGUUCGUUCGUUCUGUUCUAUUCUGCCGUUGGAGAAGCUAAUGUCAACAAUUGAACAUUGAACUCCAUAAACCAUAGGUAAGUAUUUAGUCAAGAUUAUCAUUAUAAAAUAAAUAGUAAUCAUGGCUGAAAAAAAAAACAACGGAAAAUACAAUCUUUUUUUUCAAAACCACCCUCAAUAAUGAAUUCAUUGAAUGCAACUCGGAACAGUUAUAAGUUCCUCUAGUUCCUCAUUACCAUCAACUGUAUCUGUGUCUGAUACACCUAUCACUCAGUUCACACCUUCGACUACGGAUAUUAUGUCUCUUACAAAACAGUAUAGUGAAGAUCUGGAAGACAUUGGAAAUUGUGAUGAGGUAUUCAACAACGAGUUCAAACUUUGGCAACGAAAACUUAAAUAUCUAUCAGAAACGGAUAAACCAAAAAAACGCAAUGGACGCUAUUUACAUAUGUAAUGAAGCCAUGUACCCAAAUAUUUUUAAUUUACUUAAAAUAUUACCAACUUUACCAGUUUCUUCUGCCACUAACGAAAUGACAUUCUCAACUCUCAAGAGAAUAAAAACUUACUUACGCAACUCUACUUCUGAGGUAUGUUUAAUUUAAAUAAUAGUAUUAAUGAUUAUAAUCGACUUAAUUUAAUGUUGUAAUUAAUUUUAACAGGGAAGACUUAAUGGUCUGGCUAUGCUCUC